UCGUGUUCGUGUUUCUUGUUUGUGUUUUGCAAAAAGAGGUGCAGGAGGAAAGCGAGUUGUUACGCUUCGCCUUAUUUAUUGUUUACUUCAUCGUCAGGGUCUCAUAGCACCAUGAAGUCUUUUGGUUUAAGUAUGAACAAACAUGUGGAGUCUAAACGUGACUCCGAUGCGGCUGUGGAACUUGAGAGCCAAUUUAUAUUACGUUUGCCUACGGAACCUGCUAAAGUCCUCAGAGAGGCCAUUCGAAGUGGUUCUAUGAAUCUGAAAGACAGGCUUUUCAUUAAGCUGGAACAUGAUUUGAGAUAUGGUGAAGUACGAUUGGAUCAUUGGUUAAUGCAUGCCAAGCUUGUCGAUUUGCCUACCAUUACUGAGUCAAUGAAGACUAUUGAUGGAAAGAAUUUCUACAAAACUGCAGAUAUAUGUCAGAUGCUGAUUUGUAAAGAAGAAGAUGACCAAACCACUACAGAUGAAGAGUCACCUGCUAAGAAGAAGAAAGACCCUCACAAAGUGGAAAAAAAGUUUUUGUGGCCUCACGGAUUAACCCCUCCUCUUAAAAAUGUUCGCAAACGCCGUUUUCGCAAGACACUCAAAAAGAAAUAUGUUGAGGCUCCAGAAAUUGAAAAAGAGGUUAAACGCCUCUUACGAGUUGAUAAUGAAGCUGUAAAAGUUACCUGGGAAGUAAUUAGUGAGGAGACAGACAAGCCUAAGCAAGGUAGUGGGAAAGGAGAUGGUAGCAGUCGAAGGGGUGGUGCAUCUUUGGAAGGAAAUACUCAACAUAGUGUGGAUGUUGCUGAACAUGACAUCUUUGGAGAAGCUCUCAGUGACUCUGAUGAAGAAGAAACUAAUAUCAAUAUCAUGGAAAUGGAAGAUGAUAACAGCCGACUUUCAGCAGAUGAUAGUAUGCAUACUAUGGAUUCUACCUCAAUUCAGGCUACACAUAGUUCUGAGAAACAACCUCUCGUCACCCAGUUUAGCCGUGAAAUGUUCAGUGGGCAAGAUGACAACAGACACAGUAUUGGUAUCAAACAGGAACAUGCAAGAGAACAUGAAAUUGAAAAAGAUUUUGAUAGAUCUUUUGAUAUUGACAAUGAACAAAGUAGUGUUAUGAUGAAAGAGGAGUCUACUAUGGAUUAUGAUGAUGAUGAUGACCAUGAUGAAAGUACUGACCAUCCCAAAGAUUCCAAGUUUAGUAUGGAACUUGAGAGCAUGUCUAGUGACUCCAAAAUCUUUAUGCAACGACGUUUGCGAAAAGAGCAACUGGAAGCAGAACUACCUGAGUUACGUUUAAGAUGUCAACAGCAAGAGCUGGAAAUAUCUAAUUUGGAGAACCAGGCUUUACGCCAAAGGUUCCAAGAGAAGCUGGACAACAUGCUAUCCGAGUUACUUCAAAAGGAGCAGGAGUAUCAAGAAUUUUGCCAAGAUUGAAAGCAGUAACGCCUGACUCUCACCUAGGAACCUAUCUUUAUUAUAUUCCUGAUUUUCAUUUCUCAUACAUUUUAUUACAAGUUGUGUUGUUUGAUUUUUUUUUUUCUUGUUGACAUAAAGAAUUACUCCUGUAUGGACUA